AGAAGUUCCGGUUAAGCGGCUGUCCCAAUCAUUUGAGAUUAAAGACCACCUGCGUAGUUAGUUUAUUGUUCCUAUCCGGAAUUGUUGGUAUUAAAUGGCAAGUAUGAAAGAAAAAGGGGAAGUUAAUCUCACUGGAGUUAAACAAAGUAAAGGCGUGUGGCUUGUCAAGGUUCCCAAAUACUUAGCUCAACAGUGGGACAAAGCAACAGAGAAGGGAGAGGUGGGGAAGAUUACUAUUGAAAAAAAGCAAGGCAAAACUCAGGUUUGUUUCACCCUGAAUGAUGAGCUGACAGCUGUGGGCGCUGUUGGGGAAAAUGAUUCCAUUUUGCAGGCCCCCAGAGACCAUCCGUUCACCAUGAACUCACUGGGUGGACAGACCAUGGCUGUUUUUAGCCAGGGUGACAAAGAAAUCUGUCUGGAGGGGACGGUGGUGCACAGAGCUGAAUGCAGACCCGUCGUCACUGACAACUACAUGAAGCUAAAGAAGGUGCAGAUGAAGGAAUCGUUGAAGCCUCAGCGUUUGUCGCAGCAGCUGGAGAGAGCCAUCACGACUGUGUUCAAACCGGUGGCCAACCACAACUUCAACGUGGAAUACGAAAAGAAGAAGAAGUCAGAGGGGAAGAUGGUGAGAGCUGAGCGACAGGUGGUGUUGGAUAUGCUCUUCACCGCCUUUGAGAAGCACCAGUACUACAAUAUAAAGGACCUGGUGGACAUCACCAAGCAACCUGUGACAUACCUGAAAGAAAUCAUGAGGGAAAUUGGUACAUACAACAGCAAAGGUGUUCACAAAAGCACGUGGGAGCUGAAAGCAGAGUACAGGCACUACCAGUCACCUGAGGAGGAAGACGAUGAGAUGCAGACAGCCUGACUCCACCAAGUUCCUCUUUUUUUUCAUGCACUUGUUACUUCACUUAUGCCAAAAGUCAUCUUAGAUAUCAACUAUCAUAAAUGUAAGUUUUUUCUUUUCAUUAAAGAUGAUGAAAUCCUUUCUCUCCAUAUUGGGAAGUCCAGUA